UAAAUAAUAUCGCGCGGCAUCCCAGUUGAACUUUGCUGUUACAUCAGGGUACAGGACUUGGGAUAGUUUUCCAAUUCCAGGGCUCCAAGCACAGGCCAGUGACCCGAUGGCACGAUCGGCCAGAGCUUUAUCACGCCGUAAGCUGGUUGAGGCUGACAACAUCCAUCGACUUGGGUGUGAGGAUGAAGAGAAGGGAUGGUGGGGUGAGGUGAGAGGUGGCGGCGGGAGUAGAGGCAAGACCAACGUUGGACUUCACUUGACUGUAGAAUGGUAGUGGGAGGAACGGGGAAAUGCAGAAGGCGGGAGGCAGCGUCAAAGGGGGAGGAAUAGAGAGAGAGUGAGGGAGGAGCACUUGGUGUUCAGUACUUGGCUCUUUUCCCCUUUGGAACUUCUUCUCAGGGACGAAGAUCUCACGGAGAAUUUGCCAUUGGCAACUUUGAAUGAAACAUCCGAUUGGAACAUUUUACUUGGGGAUUGAAUUGAGUGAAAUAUUAUUCCAUCUUCAGGCCAGCUGGCAGAGCAACCUCCAACUCAGGGAGUAAUAUGAGGAAGCCUUUAAAUGGGCUAGACCCUGGAGUCCGACUGAAGGGCCUCCAUUGGGAUUAAAAGGAGAAAGAAGAUGCAAACCAAUCGGUGAACCAGUGUGGCCUGUCAGAUCCCUGCCCUUGUAGCCAACAGCACUUCCUACCCAUCAUUGGCUGCGGUGAUUGGAGAUACUUCCACUCUGCCUGAGAACCAAAGAUGAUGGAGUCCUUCCUGCCAAGAAGAAGUCAAGACCCCAUGGAUCCGUCCAGCUUUGCUCCCCUUCUCGGACCACCUCGCAGUUGCAUGAAGCACCACUACCAGGGCGUGAAGAGAAAACUGCGGCCUGGGCGAAUUCUUGGCUUUAUCGUCAGCCUGGCAGUUGUAUGCACAGUGUGUUCAUGGAGUGCCUUGUCUCUUGUCACCACGGGGGUGCCCACUGAGCCUGAAUCCGAGGGUUCGGGAGAUGUAGAGGUGCCCCAAAGAACUCUCCUGGAGCACCAGAAUGUGUCCGACCCCGGGCCCCAGCAAAGCUCAGAAAUCGAGAUGAAUCACGGGGACUACCCAACAGACUACUUUAGCGUGGAGGACAGGCGCCAAGGCUUUGUGGUGUUUCAUAUGUUUGGCAUGUUGUACAUGUUUAUCGCUUUAGCUAUCGUGUGUGAUGAAUUCUUUGUCCCAGCGCUGACCGUCAUUACUGAAAAGCUGGAGAUCUCCGAUGAUGUCGCAGGAGCCACCUUUAUGGCAGCAGGCGGCUCGGCUCCAGAGUUGUUCACCUCCGUCAUAGGGGUCUUCGUCUCCCACAGCAACGUGGGCAUCGGCACCAUCGUUGGCUCGGCCGUCUUCAACAUCUUGUUUGUGAUCGGCAUGUGCGCCAUCUUCUCCAAAGAGGUGCUGAACCUCACCUGGUGGCCUCUGUUCCGAGACGUCUCCUUCUACAUUGUGGGCUUGCUCAUGCUCAUCUACUUCUUUCUGGAUAACGAAAUCACACUGACGGAAAGUAUCAGCCUGCUCAUGUGCUACUGCACCUAUGUGACAUUCAUGAAGUUCAACGCCAAGGUAGAACUGCUCAUCAAAAGGCAACUGGGCAGCAACCAGGUGGACAUAAUGGAGACUGCACCCAAGGUCAACGCCCCUGCUGCAGAUGAUGAGAACAAACUGAUGGCCAAACCAAGGUUACAGAGGGAAGGCAGCUGUGCUUCACUGCACAACUCAUUGAUGAGAAACAGCAUUUUCCAGCUCAUGAUACACACACUGGACCCUUUGAGUAAUGAAGGACGAUUCAAAGAGAAGGCUUCAAUCCUUCACAAAAUGGCAAAGCAGAAGUGUAAAGAAGAACAGGUUGUCAGUGCCAACGGCGUUGCGAUUAAAACCAUUCCCACCAGUACCAAGGUGGCAGUGGAAGUCACACCUCCCAUGAAUGGUGUCGCGGGAGAUGAGGGUGGCGAGGAGGAGGAAGAUGAAGAUCAGCCUCUGAGCCUGGCCUGGCCUGACACCACCAGGAAACAGCUCACCUACCUCGUCAUCCUCCCUAUUGUCUUUCCUCUCUGGCUCACACUGCCUGAUGUCAGGAGAGAGUCUUCAGAAAAGUUCUUCCCCAUCACCUUCCUUGGCUCCAUCACUUGGAUUGCUUUCUUCUCCUAUUUGAUGGUGUGGUGGGCGCAUCAGGUUGGCGAAACAUUCUGGAUUACAGAGGAGAUCAUGGGUCUGACUAUCCUAGCAGCAGGCACUUCCAUCCCUGACCUCAUCACCAGUGUGAUUGUGGCCCGAAAAGGCCUUGGUGACAUGGCUGUGUCCAGCUCAGUGGGCUCUAACAUCUUUGACAUCACUGUGGGCCUGCCAUUCCCGUGGCUCAUCUACAACAUCAUCAACGACUUCAAACCAGUAGAGGUUAGCAGCAACGGCCUCUUCUGCGCCAUCGUCCUCCUCUUCCUCAUGCUCCUCUUCGUCAUCAUCUCCAUCGCAGCCUGUAAGUGGAGGAUGAGCAAGCUGCUGGGCUUCCUCAUGUUCCUGCUCUACUUUGUUUUCCUCGUCAUCAGCGUCAUGCUGGAGGACAAAAUUUUAAUCUGCCCUGUAACCGUCUGAGCGAGGAGUGUGUUUGGCGGCACUGAUGCCGCUUAAUAACUCGAUUUCAACUGUGAGGCUCCAUUUUGUGUGUCGCUACUGAUACUUGAAGAGACUGAUGGACCAGUUACAUGAACACUGACUGACCUGGACAAGUUAGGCAAAAGUUCAUCAUCAGUUGGUGAUGUGUGCGAAAAACACCACUACGGCCCGUGGAAGUAAUGAACUUACUGACAUGAUUUAUGAUAACAAGAUUGAGGUGGAUGUUAUUUUGUGCUGAAAAGCUCUUGAGGGCAUUCUCAUCAUGGGGGAAAAAAAGAGAGACUUCAUACACUGUAAGUGAGGCUAUUUGUUUAGAUUUCAAAUGUUUCAUUUCAUGCACUGCAUUGUUGCACGUUGUCAUUCAAUUUAGUUUCUCAGAAUCAUUUGCACAGUUACUGUUUAUUCAUUUCAUGAAUAACAAGCAUAAGCUUUAAAUCAUUCUCACUACACUAUACCGAAUUUUAACUAAGGUAUCCAUUAACUCUGCCAAUAUCAGAAUGUGAUGGGAAGUGUUUUUUUUUCUUACCAUACAAUUGUGAACACACCAUGUUUGUGUUUGGUAUGCCUUUAAAUGCAUCACUUCUCGACUGUCAUCCUCUGUGUCUGCUGGCCCUCUAAAUUGUGUGUUCGCACUCUGUUGGUGAUGUGCUCAAUGCACGAAUAGAGAAAACUUCGUACUGAUCUUGAACUUCCUGGUCAGUACGCAACAAAAGAAGGACGCCUUUAUACCUACAGCAAGUGAAAAUGGAAAAAAAAAAAAAACAUGCAAUUAGUUAUAAAUGUGUGGAAAAAUUGAUGGUUCGUCUCUGUUAAUGAAAAAAAUGCACAAUGGUCACCGAAAUAACUUAAAGCUGACAAAGGCAUUUUUUUUUCUCAUCAAAGUAUUCUUCAGAGAAAUGUGCUGCCUGUUGUUAGAAAGCUUGGUCUCAUUUUUGUCAAGGCCUGUUUC